AACAUAAACUCAUGUUGUAAAUAAUAAUUUUUGAUAUUGAACAAAUAUCGUAUAAAUUUUCAAAAAUUUCGUGUGAUUUGUUGAUUUCAAACUUGUAUUUUAGUUAUACUUCAAAUCAUUAAAUAUCCGUUACCCCGUCAAUAAUAACAAUAAAAACACAAAUAUGUCAACUUCCGUAGCUACCAAUCCGUCGACUUUACUCCCUCUCGGUAAGUGAUGUUAAAAAAUCAAUUCAAAAACCGUUUUUAAGUUUGUGUCACUAGCAAAAUAACAUUAGUUUUAGAAAUCAUAAUAUUUUGUAAAAUUAAUUAAUUAACUAAUCAGUUAACUAUUGCUGUGUAUAAUAUAUAUUUUUCUAACUUAUCAACUUAUAAUUUAUUUAACAAUUCCAAAUCAUUAACAAUUCAAAUAAUGCAUUAAAAAAAAUUAAAUUGUAUUAUAUACUUAUCAAAACUACGUUAAUUUAAUACCCAGACUAAGCAGAUACCAAAGCAAGUAAUGAAGAUGAUCAUUUAAAUAUCUUAUUAUGGUUUUAAUUUAUGACUUAAAAAUGAUAGAAUAUAUUAUAUUGUAAACCAGGGUUAUAUACUCGUAGAUAACUAGUAGAUAACCAUGUUGUAACCUAUAUAUUAUUUAUUAAAUUUGAACUUUUUUUUAUCAUUUUAAUUAAUUUAAAUAUAUUUAAACUAUUUGUGAAUACUCAAUUAAUAUUUGGAAUUUUAUUUGUAUUUCUAUCAUAUAUAUAUAUAUAUAUAUAAUUAUAUACCGGCUAUUGGUACAUUUUUGCUUUCUUAAACUAUGUAGAUAUCUAAAUAUUUGUUUUAAAUUGUUUUUUUUAGAACUUGUAGAUAAAUGUAUUGGCUCCAGAAUUCACAUUGUCAUGAAAAAUGAUAAAGAAAUAGUUGGCACAUUAUUAGGAUUCGAUGAUUUUGUGAAUAUGUUGCUUGAGGAUGUAACAGAAUAUGAAUCCACACCUGAAGGACGACGAGUCACAAAAUUGGACCAAAUAUUACUAAAUGGAAAUAAUAUAACGAUGGUAAAUUUAAUACAUUAUUUUAAUAUACAAGUUUAAUGAAAACAUAAACUUGUAAUAUACCUACAUUUAAAUAUUAUUUUAGCAUACUUAAGUUUUGUAUUAUUUAUUUUUAGUUGGUUCCUGGUGGUGAAAUGCCUGGUGAAUAGCAUCCGACUGAAAACUCAUUUAACAAAAAUUGUAUUUUUACUAUUACUAAAUUAAACAUCAAUUUUGUAUCUAAAUUUAAUUUACUAUCAUUUGUAAAUAUAAAAUUAAAUAUAUAAAACGAUGUUACUCAUUAGUUAUUAAAUAUUUAUUGUUAAAACUAUAGUUUAUAAUAUUCGGGUAGUAUAUACUAUACAUCUAAAUCUUAAAUAUAAAUAUAAAUUUUGAACUCUGAUAAAA